AUGUGAGCCAGGGUAGACGUUUGGACCAAUCACAGAGCAGUGCGCUGGCUUGUCAUCUACGCUAAGGAAGCAGUGUAGCUAGCCUGGCAGCUAGCUGCAGACGUACUGUUAUUUAUUCCUGUUCUGUGACAUAAUUUACAUACUGAUCUGUGGAUUAUUUAGCGAUCAUCCAACGCUACACCGGGGGUCUAUAGGAAGCCAAGAUGCAGUUCAUGCUUCUGUUCAGCCGGCAGGGGAAGCUGCGGCUGCAGAAGUGGUACGUUCCUCUCUCCGACAAGGAGAGGAAGAAGAUCUCCAGGGACCUGGUCCAGACCAUCCUGGCCAGGAAGCCCAAGAUGUGCAGCUUCCUGGAGUGGCGGGACCUCAAGAUUGUCUACAAGAGAUAUGCUAGUCUGUACUUCUGCUGUGCCGUUGAGGACCAAGACAACGAGCUGAUCACCCUGGAGAUCAUCCACAGAUACGUGGAGCUGCUCGACAAAUACUUUGGCAGUGUCUGCGAGCUGGACAUCAUCUUUAACUUUGAGAAGGCCUACUUCAUCCUGGACGAGUUCCUGCUGGGCGGAGAGGCCCAGGAGACGUCCAAGAAGAACGUGUUGAAGGCCAUCGAGCAGGCCGAUCUGCUGCAGGAGGAGGCCGAGGCUCCACGCAGUGUCCUGGAGGAGAUUGGCCUCACAUAGACCCAGGUCCACGUCCAUCCACCCCCUGGCCUGUGUUUGUGAUCUAGUGUUGUUGUUCUCGUUUGCUUGUCGUCUUUGCUGUUUUUCGUAAUGUUGUGCCAACUGGUAUUAUCAUCCUCGCCCGCGUACCGAAUCCUCCCAUGUCUGAGAAACACAUCCCUCCUGUAUGUUCCAGCCGAUAUCCAUGGAAACGCCCGGGAAUACUAAUGUAGCAAGACAUUCACCGCACAUCCGCAGUGUAGUAUUACGUCCUGUUCAGUCUUUGUUACGUGUGGUGUUAAAUCUCUUAUUUAUGGUUGGUACCGCAACAAGCACUGCUUUGAGAAUCAUUUGCAUUGGAUGUAGAUGAAAAUAUGAUGCGAGUCUCCCUGCAUUCCCCAGGACUUCAUGCGUGAAUACAGAACGUUCACCGUUGCUGUAUUUCGUUUCGUCUAAGUGAAUGAGCAAUCACAUUCCCAUUUCCUUGUCCAAUCGAUGUUCCCCGUCUGUCCUUGCUUUUGUUUACUUUCCUUAUCCUGAAAAUCAACCUUUUGAGAGUAGCAUCGGCACGUGACAAAUUUAGACAGUAUUCAUGUAUCCUUGGCUAAUUCACAUGUUAAAAUGACCAAAGAACACUGUGCUAACAUUAGUCGUUAGGGAAUUAAAGCAUUUAAAAAAAUAAAAAAAACAGAAUCUAAUGAUUGAUUUUCUAACUCUUAAGAUCAGUUUACAGCGCUCUGGGCCCAUUCUAAGUAUUUAGUUUAUUUACUAAAGGUUGCAUGUUUGUUAAAUCCACGUUACAGGAUGCAGCAGACCUACGCUUUAACGAUAUCAAACGCUAAUCCUAUUUUAUGCGGUUAGCAGGUGCACUUUUAACAAGUUCCGUUUUUUUAUUGCAGUCAUCCAUGGAUUGAUUCAUUUGCGAUAAUUAUGCUUUUUAUCACUUUAUUCAACACUGCCGGUGCAUUUUCUUCUGAUAAUUAACAAUAAAUGUAUCCCAAAACAAAAAGCCUGUUUUC